ACUUUUUAUCUAGUUCAUUCCUUUAUUUAAUAUCAAAUUAGCAAGAGACGCAGAUUCACUUUUAUUGAGAAAACAUAAAAUUUUUAGAAUUUUUCUCUUGAAAUUCAUCUUUAGUCCAAGGCAAUCCUUUGAAAUAUGGCUGUUGUUAAUGUAGAAAUGACUGAAACAUUAAGUCCAGAUGUUUCUAAACAAACGUUGUCACAGGUUGUACGACAAAAAGAAGAAACCGAAGCAGAAAUAGAAUCUCUGUGCAACUUGAUGUAUCAGCUGAACAAGACGCGCACCAAGUUCGAGUCCACAGUAGAUAUAGUGAAAAAUCUUAAUUCACCGUCGGAUAAUUCACUGGCUUUUAACAAUAUGUUUAUUCAAGGAGAUGUUGGUCAAAAUAAUAAAAUUCUCGUCAGUUUAGGUGGAGAAUAUAACGUUGAAGUGGAGAAAGAUGCUGCCAUCAACCACUUUGUGCGGAAACUUCAACGAGUCAAGUCGAAAAUAUAUCUGACACAGAAGAUGCUGGCUUCAAAAAUGAAGGACGCUGAACGUUUGAAGAAAGCUGCAGUUGACAUUAUGGAUGAGAUGAGUUACGGGAAUUCGAAAGUGGAGUGAUUCUCAUAUUUCCUUCUUCACAAAAUUCCUCAGAAUGCGAGAACUCUUUUGAUUGAAAGAGUUGCUUAUCGAUUCAUAGAAACAUUCAAUAUUUAAGUAAUUUCUAUGAAUGAUUUAUUUUGCAUGUAAAACAUAAAUUUGAUUAAAGA